UAUGAAAUCAUUUUAUAGAUUAUUGUUGUUGGGCCUUGGCUUCAUUGGUCUCUUCAUUUUGUUAAAUUAUCAAACUAAUAUAUCUAACAAAAUUAACCAUGUACGUAAUCGCGCGAGCAACAUGUUUGCCGAAUCAUCCAAAAAAAGUGUUAAACCCAUCGAGGAUGAAGUUGUCAUAUGCGUCGUUGCCUGUGGCGACAACAGACUCGAUGAAUCUUUGACAAUGCUUAAAUCUGCUCUAAUAUUCUCUAAAAGACCUCUUCGCUUUAUCGUUAUAUCCGAUUACGAGCUUAUCCCAGCGUUCCAUGAAAAACUGACCGAAUGGAAGCAAAUUGUGAAUAAAACAUUUGACUUUGUCGUUAGACCUGUAACAUUUCCAGAUAUUAGCGAUGUCACCAUGUGGCGAAAACUAUUUAAACCCUGUGCAGCUCAACGACUGUUUCUUCCUACUGUAUUAAACGAUACCGAUGCAAUUUUAUACGUUGAUACGGACACUUUGUUUUUAACGCCGCCAGAAGUAAUAUGGGAUGAAUUUAAAAAAAUGAACAAUGUUCAGCUUGCAGCUUUAAGCCCAGAACACGAAGAUCCAAAUACUGGCUGGUAUAACCGCUUCGCUAAGCAUCCAUAUUAUGGAAAACUAGGAGUAAAUUCUGGUGUGAUGCUAAUGAAUUUGACUAGAAUGAGAGAAUUCAAAUGGACGCAAUAUGUCAUACCCAUUCACAAAGAGUAUCAAUUGAAAAUUACUUGGGGAGAUCAAGAUAUUAUUAAUAUCAUAUUUCAUUAUCAUCCGGAGAAAUUAUAUGUCUACUCAUGUCGUUAUAAUUAUAGACCCGAUCAUUGUAUGUACAUGUCUGUGUGCUCCGAAGCUGAGAAAGAUGGUGCUUUGGUUCUUCAUGGUUCUAGAGGCACUUUUCAUUCUGAGAAACAGCCACCGUUCAAAGCAAUUUAUACAGCAAUGCAAGAAUAUAAAUUAAAUACCGAUCCUUAUGAAAAUUUACUAAUGCCAAUGAGAAAUUACUUAACUCUCGAUGAUCGUUCGAAUUGUGGCAAGGUAUGGAAGGUUUUUUUUAUUCAACCUGAAUUACAUUUAGGUAGAAAGAACGUAAGUAUCGAAUAGGAUUUUUAUGAUAAAAUUGUUUAGACUCCUGCUUUACCGACAAUACAUUUAUUUAAAAUAUU